GUUGAGCUGGUGAUCUCUGAUCUGCCCUCUUGCAACCAGCAGUUGAGCUCUGUGCACAAGAAACUCAGGGCACGGAAACAACGUUGGAACAAGAUGCACCUGCCUUUGCGCAGAUGCCAAGUUUUGCAUAGUGACGACGGUGAUUGCGCCUUUGUUGCUUUUGCUCAGGGUUUGCAACAGGUGACUUUGCGGUCAGGACCUAGGAAGUUUGAUACUUUGCAGGAGUGGAUGGCCGGCCUUCACGGCCAAUGGAUUCUGGCGGGUGACUUCAAUUUGAACACGCAAGACUCCGCCUUCUCGCAUUUGUGGCAAAGCUGGGCAGGUAGAACAAUUCAAACUGGUACGUAUGAUAGAGGUCAGUCCCCCAUUGACUGCAUUAUCGUGGGCCCAGCUACUCCUCCUUGCGGGCCUCUCUGCGAGCCCUUCAAAGUUCCUGGCACUGAUCACAUGUGCCUUUCAGUCAACGUCCCCAACAUGGCGUUUAGCGGUCCUGUGCCUAUGAGAUUCGCGCAGCACCGCAAACGAAGUCAGCAAGAACAAGGGCCGGAACUUCCUAAUUGGGACUACGUGAUGAGCCCUUGUCAAGUCCCCGAGGAUGUGGAUCGGGCUUGGUUUGAUUGGUCCAGUGCCGCAGAGCACUUCCUCGUGUCCAAGGGUAUCUUGAAGACUCAACGGCCGGAAGUUCGCCUGGGUCAGGUUUCUGAGUUUGUUCCUGAAGGGUCCACUCGCAGGCCACACCAAAGCGUCCAAGAGCUGGUUGCUCGCAGAUUUCUUCGUCGAGCCACUGAAGCUCACUUGCAAUUUGUGAAAGACGUGUUGCAGCGAGAGCACGAGCAGAAAGUUGCGCACUGGAAAAAGGAAAUGCAGAACUUCGGCAAAGCCUGUCGUUGUGUGAAGAAACAAGGAGUUGAUGGCUUCUCAGCGGAUCUCCUUCUUGAACUCCCAAGCACGGCUAUUCAACAAUUGGCGCAAUUGAUGAUGCACAUGGAGACCUUGGGCUAUUGGCCCCCCCCUCUGCUGAAAUGGAAAGUUGUUUGCAUUCCAAAAGACAGUGUUGGGCCGGGGAAAGCUUGUCCCACCAUGAAGUUGAGGCCCAUCAGUGUGGGUCCUUUCGUCUACCGUCUCUGGUCGGCUAUUCGAGUUCGGCAAGUUGGUACCAAACUUCAACUGCUGCGGAUCUUUCCGGAUCAACAGGCUGGCUGUAGUCUUUCUUGUCACGGCCUUCUGAUCCAUGGUCAGGUUUCGGCUCUGCUUCAUCAACAGACGCAUGGGGUGGCGCUCGACUUUGAAAAGGCCUUUGACAGGGCCAGCUGGAAAGAUGCUUUGUGGAUUGCGGCUCAGGUGGGAGUGCCCCGUGACAUUCUCCAGGCUUUGCAAUCCCAAUUUACUCAUCAGCUUCGAGCCUUUGCCUUCCAAGGUGUCAUGCACCCCCAUUGGUUUGGCAAUGCCACUGGACUGGCACAGGGCGUGCCACAAGUUUGUUCUCUUCUCUAUGCAGAUGACCGAACCAUCAUUGGCACUGAAGAAGAGGUUCACCAAGUCGAAGAAAUUUGGAAUGAGUUUUGUGACAGCAAUCGAAUGCGCACCAAUCAUGCCAAAACACAGCGUUGGGAAUUGACUGCAACUGGCCCAAUGCGGGUGGAGAGGUUCUUGGUUGUGUGUGGGCUCCUGGUUCAGACAGCCAUCAAGCAGAAACAAAGCGGUGGCAGAGUGUUGUUUUCUAAUCAACUGUACAAAAAACUGGUUAAACUGCCGUCCUCUUUGGGCGGCGAUGCCGUGGCUGUUGCUGUGGGUGGUAUGUCCACCCCCGCCACUGAUUGGAAUGCCAAAGUGUAUACUCUUGAUGCUUUCAGCAACCAGCUUGACAAUGUUGACAAUGCCUCGUCCCUGAAGGCCAUUGUCAAAAUUGACACCGAGAAAGAAGUAGAGUCGGUUAAGGAAUUAGUUGAGCAGUCCAGCUCUAACAAUUUUGACCUGCAAGUGUUGGCUGUUCAGCCGUGCCACGAUCCAGCCAUGGCAGCUCGACAGUGGGCUGAACAGCACGUCGGCAAAGAGAAAUCCAAGAAAACCUUGGACGCCUGGCAAUUCUCUGAGAAAUAUUUCAAAAGCGCGGUCUUGAUGGGGUUGAUUCGAGUCGAUAAGACAAUUGCGCUUGAACUAGCUGCAUGCAGUGGUCAAAAGCAGUGGUUUUGUGAACCUUUGAGCUGGAAAGACAUUGGGAUUCCAAAUCCCGGCAUCAAAUGGCUUCCGCAAGCCAAGGAUGAGAAAAUUGAAGAUUACGUCAGACGAGCUCUAGAUGAAGAGCCUAAGUAUGGAAUCACUAGAGGUGAGGUCCAGCUGGGCAUUCGAAAUAAGAAAGAUGAAAAGCAGCAGGUCACUAGGAAUUGGAAGGUUCAAGGUGUCCCUGAUCCUUGGGAUCAAGAAACUCUUGAAUCUGUCCCCCAGAAGGACUUGCCUCUCCAAAAUGUGACAUGUACAAGCAGGACGAAAGAGCGCAAAGGUAAGUCGACUUGGCAGAUUCGCGCUAUGAGCCUCCCAGCCCAAGACUUUUUUGAGCUGAAAUUUGCCGAUUUCAACAUCAUUGCCUUUGUCAUCACCACACGUGCCAAAUCUGCCUACCCCGCCAAGCAGAUUGCCAAUGCACGAACUGUUGCUGUUGGAAAAGUUGAUGUGCUUUCUGAAACGAAACCGCUUGAGAUUCCACCGACAAUCCUAGAGGACUCCCAAGAUGCCGAUAUGGAAGGAAAAUCAGAAGAGAACGAACGCUCCAAACCAGAGAAGCACAACGCUUCUCUUCACAAGGGGCAGCAACCGGCAAAGCGAAGCAUUCCCGUAAAUCCUUUCAACAUGUUCAGCGUCAGGUUCUUGAUGUUGCUGAUGUUACUGAUGCCACAUGGAAUUCGAAGUGGAAUGCCGAAACACAAGAAUUUUUUCUUCAAUUUUUGCAAGCUGGACAAGUUUCGCUCACAGACAGCAGAUGUUGACGUGCUUUUUUGCCAAAAGUCAACUGCAAGUUCAGCAAUUCGCACCUCUGAAGCCGAUAUGAGUGUCCUUGCGAAGAUGCGCAACGCCGACUCCAAAUGCGCAAGAGGAGGCGCCACGCCUGGACUCCGCGUUGCCAGCAUGAACGUGCAAUUUCUCAACACCAAAGUAAAUGAUCCCUUUCUCCUGGCAAAUGUUCAUUUUCAGAGCAGUGACACCGACAUGGCGCAAGCCCAGUUCGAAAGUUUGCUGAGUGAACUCCUUUCUCUUGGCCUUGGCGAUCAUGAAGUUGUGCAAAUUCACAUCCCAGACAUUGCUCCUCGCAUCACUUUUCAUCACGCUCGUCGUCAGCAGCUUACUGAUGAUGAGGUCUCAGAGGAAACACGCAGUGCCCGCAAGAAAAAGGCUUUGGAAAAAAUUGCAUUGCAUGAUGCUAGAGCCUACCAGUGGCUCAAAAGGCCUGCGGCCACCGAGAAACCGCGUGAUAUGACUGAUCCGAUGCCGGUUGGCAAGGCAGCCGGCCCCGAUGGCUGGCAGGGUAGGCUUUUUGCUGCGUUGCCUGAAAGACUUCCUGACACCAGAGCAGACUUUUUGCACCAGAGGUUGAUGCCCGACCUUCAAACUGAUGAGACCCAGCGUCCUAAGGUCUACAAUUCGCAAAACGAAGUCCCACGGGACGGGGGCGAUCACGUGACGAGAGUGCACACACGGAAGGCUCUGUGCAUCCGCAACGCUGCAAAAGUUGCAAGCGUGGAUUUCUCUUUGGAUUCACAAAAGAUUUGUGUGGAGGAUUGCGUGGCUCCAGGGCUGAUUCUCUGCAUCACCGCCUUAUGCCGGAUCUCAUGCAACAUAUCGCACCAGACGCUGGCGCAGCGAAUUGAUUUGAUGCUUUCUCGAAUCAGGCCUGGCAACAGCAAAAAGAAGGCACGGAGCCUUACCUCAGCAAUUCGGCGUGUCAAAGCUCAACCUCGGCCAUU